AUGUUUUUUCCAAGAACUCUAACUCUUCUUGGUGUCAAGAAACUUAAGUCACAGAGAUUCGAGUUUCUCAAGGGGGUUGACACCAACUUUCUGAGAAAUGUGUCUCUUUGGCAAGAAACACAAGAAGGGGCUGAAGAAGAUGCAGGCCAACAAUGCCAAAGCUGUCAAGGACCAAGCAGAGCCAUCAAGGGCCUAAGCUCCAAGGCCAACUUCCUUAGACCCAAGAUCCCCAAGGCCAGUGCUCAGAGUGCCAGCUCCAAGAUGGUCACCAAGCAUGCAGGCCCUAGGGUCAGCACAGAAUGCCCUGGUUCUAGGAUCACAAAGCCUAACUCUAAGAUUGCCAGAAUCACUGAUCCCAAGGCUGCUAGGCCCAUUGAUCCCCAAAUUUCCAAGCCCACUGACCCCAAGGUCACCAUGUCUGACACCAAGAUCACCAAACGGGAUACCAAGUCCACCAAGUCUGACACCAAGGUCAGUAAGUCUGAUCCCAAGGCAGCUAAGUCUAAAGCCAAGGUCACCAAGUCUGAUCCCAAGACCAGUAAAUUUGACUCUAAGGUCAAAAAGCCCAGUGAUUCCAAGGGCGCUAAGCCUAUUGACACCAAGCCUGCUCAGUUCACUAACCCUAAGAGCACCAAAUCCAAAUAUACUGGGGCUAAAGCUAUUAGUCCCAACCCUUCAAAGAUGCUUCAAGAAGUAGGGAACUCUGAGAAUAUGUCGCGUAGACUGUCAGACAUGGUGGCCGUGUUGUCUUCUACUACAGAAAGUGUUGCCAAAGGAAUUCAGCAGAAAAAUGUAGCUGAAAUCCUUCGGCGUGCCCACGGGCUGUAUGUGGCCCACUGGCUGCAGGUCGUGCAAGCCUGUUUGGACUAUUGGGAACCAAUCAGAGAUCUUCAUUUUGGUAACAUUAAAAAGCAUAUGGGACUGGGGUGGAGCUUUGGGGAGAUGAAAGGACAGACCUGUGAUUUCAUCAAUCAUUCUUCUUCUUUGUUUUCUAGGAAAAAGUGCUGCAAAGGUUAUAAGUUUGUCCUUGGACAGUGCAUCCCAGAAGAUUACGAUGUGUGCUCUGAGGCUCCUUGUGAACAGCAAUGCACAGAUAACUUUGGCCGAGUUCUAUGUACCUGCUAUCCAGGGUACCGGUAUGACCGGGAGAGACACAGAAACAAAGUGAAGCCUUACUGCUUAGAUAUCGAUGAGUGUGCCACCAGCAAUGAGACGCUCUGCUCUCACAUCUGCGUCAACACCUUGGGCAGCUACCGUUGUGAGUGUCGGGAGGGCUACAUCCGAGAAGAAGACGGAAGGACAUGUACCAAAGGAGACAAAGGACAUGAUGAGAAAGUAGAGAAUGUGCUGAAGGCAGGAACCUGCUGUGCCACUUGUAAGGAGUUCCACCAAAUGAAACAGAUGGUAUUACAGUUGAAACAAAAGAUUGCACUACUCCCGAACAAUGCCGCAGAUCUGGGCAAGCAUGUCACUGUUGACAAGUUGCUGGCUUCAAACACCUACCUGCCAGGGCCUCCUGGGCAACCUGGAGGUCAGGGCCCUCCAGGGUCACCUGGACCAAAAGGAAGCCCUGGAUUUCCUGGAGUACCUGGGCCUCCUGGACAGCCCGGCCCCAGGGGCUCAAUGGGACCCAUUGGACCAUCUCCUGACCUCUCCCAUAUUAAGCAAGGCCGGAGGGGCCCUGUGGGUCCACCAGGUGCACCAGGAAGAGAUGGUUCCAAGGGUGAGAGAGGAGCUCCUGGACCCAAAGGAUCUCCAGGACCCCCUGGUUCUUUUGAUUUCCUCUUGCUGAUGAUGGCCGACAUCCGAAACGACAUCGCAGAACUUCAGGAGAAAGUGUUUGGGCACCGGACUCAUUCAUCAGCAGAGGAGUUCCCAUUACCUCAGGAAUUUACCAACUAUCCAGAUGUCUUAGACUUUGGUUCUGGAGAGGACUAUCCAAAGAGAACUGAGACGAGAGACUCAAGAAUUCACAAAGACUUAUAUCCUUAGCAGGGCCUAGGUAUUUCAUACCAAAAGUAGGGGAUGAAAAGGUUGAUUCUCUCCUGAAUCUGAAUGAUGGAAAGAAAAAAAUGCACUGGGGAUUUAAAAGAUAGAUUUUUAUUUUAUUUACUCUUCCCUUUGCUUUCUACCCUUGUACCUCUUUGCUUCCGAAUACUCCCUUUUAAUACCCCACCUCCUUAUCUAUUGGUAAGUAAACCGGUGACUGACUGAUAUAUUUCCCAGCCUAAGCCAGUUAGGCUAAUGAAUCAAAGUUCCUCCAUUAGUUCCUCCAUUCCUUUUGUUCCAGCUACAGGAUUCAAAGAAACUCCCAGAGUUUUGCCAUCAGAAAUCUGUUCAUUUUGUAAAAAUCUGUGAUAGUGUCCCCAAAACACAAAAUAAUUUGCCAGGUGAGAAGAUGCCAAAUUAACUUACACCUAUUAUAUGCUAGACAUUAGGGAUCCAAAGAUAAAAGUGAAAUACAGCCUUCCCUCAAGGAGUUUGUAGUCUAAUGGAGGAAGCAACAUGCACAUAGAUAGAUACAUACAAAGUGACACAAGGCUAAUAUUUGGAGCCAUAAUUUCAUCAAUGAAGAGACUUCCUUCACUAAUCCCGACAAUAAUUUGUAUGUGCCUUCUCAUCCUCUGUGAUUCCUGAGACAGAAACGAUCAAUGUAACUAAAGGAACAGAAGCUCCUACCAAGAAGAUUGGUCAAGAUUUUUGGAGAAGGGGAGGCUCUCUAAAAUAGAAUGCAAUUUGUCUAACAUUAAUGAGGUCCUAUAAUUUUUAAAUAUCCAUAAUUAGAUAAGGUUUCUUGCUGUCACUAGAUGAAGUAGUAGGGACCAGGGAGAGAACAGAAGAACUAUAGUAUUUACUGGUAUAUAUAAUGCAGCUUUUAAAACCCCAAAUGUGACUGUUAAAGUGUUCCUGCCUUGCUUUUAAGUAGGUACCACAUUCAGAGUAAAAAGUGCUGCAUGCUAUAGGAACAAAUUCCCUCUUCUUUUACACAAAUGUGUUGCAUACUGCACUUGGUAAAGAGAUAAAAUAUACUGAUGCUCAUCAGAAAUCAUUAGGGAGUGAUAUGCCAGGAGAUUUUCUAACUCCUUGGUCAUGUGUUCAGGUAGGCUUUGAAGAACUCUUCUCAGUAAAUCACACUGUUCGUAAAAGCAGGGUAACUGGCCACAUAAGGGGCUGGGGAAAGGUACAAAUUCUCCAGGCCAGACUUGGCACCUGAAGAAACUUUAAUGUGCUCCCAGAGAGCCAACCUGCCCUUGGUCAGAGCAAUUAAAUCAAUGUGACAUGGGACUCCAGGCUGUGUGAAAGCCUCUGGUUCAGAGCCAUUUUUCCUCUUUUCAAGGCCAAAUGAAGAGAAACAGCUAAAUCUACAGUUGAGCUCUCCUUUAAUAUUAGAGGGCCUGUCAGUAGUCUACACCAAGUGCCAGUAUAACCGGGGCUAGAGUAGUUGCAGAAAUUUCACUUAGUUGGGGUGGGGGGGCUGAACAAAAACGAGCUUUCCCCAGUCAGCAGAAAUUGUCCUCUUCCUAAUGUUGUUAUCCUAUAGUUUAUGAUAAGGAAAAAUUGUACUUCCUCUUGCCCUUUCAGUUUUUAUCUUUGUGUUCCCUUCCUCCACAACUGCAGAAAACAGUUUGCAAAAGGAAUUUUUUCCUAAACAUUCAAUUCAAUCCAAAUGUCU